AUGACUAGGCUAGGCUUGACCACUGACGACGAUGAGACAGCCUAUAGUGAGGACUUCAGAGACAACCUCUUACAAAAUGUCAGCAAGAAAAAGAAGCUGAUCGCAGACUACAGGAAACGGAGGGGCCAGCAUGCCUCCAUCCACAUCAGUGGAGCGGCCUGUCAAUCCGUCACGCUGGGCUCUACCGAGGCUAGUGUUCUACCACUAGCCAACAUGAAGCUGCUGAACGGAGGAGGAGGAGGAGGAGGAGGAGGAGGAGGAGGAGAAGAAGUAAGAGGAGGAGAAGGACGAAGAGGAGGAGAGAAGAAUGCAUUCUCCUUCAAGAAGUGUUCUGCUUUUCAGUUUGUGAAGAGAAAGGUACGGAGGUGGAUGUGUAACCCUAAGGGCAGCAGGGAAGGUGAAGGGGUCCAGGGUAUGGGUGGUCUGCUGUACCCCUUUACCCCUAAAUGCCCCCUAGUGGCAGAGGACCUAUGGUACACCCACUUCCCUUCGCCCUGCGGCUGCUGCUACAAUGCCACCCUGCCUGGGGGGCAUUACCAUCAGAGGGGGAAUCUCACACCCACACCCUGCCUGGGUGGGCACAACCAGGGGAACUACCAGGGGCACAACCAGUGGAACAACCAGGGGCACAGCCAGGAGCACAGCCAGGGGCACAACCAGGGACACAGCCAGGGGCACAACCAGGGGCACAGCCAGGGGAUAGGAAGAGAAGAGAAGAGCAAGACCUGUAAG